AUGGGCUCUAGCCAAAGUCAAGAGGAACCUGAUGUGGUGCGAAUAAGUCGAAGUGAGGUUCCCGACGAGUAUAACGGGGAUCUUUGUAGGGAGGAACUGGCUCGUGAGCGCGAAGAAAAGUUACGUAUGAGAGAGGAAAUGGCUCGCCUUUCUGAACUACAGCAAAGAACGUUAAGCACUCCUUUGAACUCGUCAGCUGAUUUCGAGGAACGGAAACGUAUUUUUGAUGAGACUGUUGAACGUGUACAAAGCAGAUUUUUUGCGUAUCAUCGAGAAAAUGUUUGUGCCAAUAACGAAAAGGAAAUCAUGUCAUGUUUGAUGGCGAAUCCGGGUCGAAUCCUGAAGUGUGCGCAUCUGGCCGAAAACUACGAGAAGUGUAUUAGCGAUUUUCAGCAAGAGGUGUUGAAUGGGAAAUAG